AUGACUGCCGCUAAAGGUCCAAAAGCGGAGCGCCAAACUCAACUUUCAUCAGCGAGACUAGUGCUGCGCGGUGCUAGGCCCGAAGAUGCAGCACACCUGCAUGUUGCAUUCAAUCAUGUGGACGUUAUGAAGUAUUGGUCAACACUUCCCCAUGCAAACGUCGCGGAAACACAAAAGUGGGUGAAUGGAAUGAUUGCGGCGCCCUGCAAUGGCGUUACAGACUUCAUCGUCUGCCUCAAAACUGUCACCCCAGACGGCCAGCCAACCUUGCAGCCGAUCGGCAAGGCUGGAGUCUGGCGCGACCAAGAGAUCGGCUUCAUGAUUGCACGCCAAUUUUGGGGGCAAGGUCUGGCGACAGAGGCUGUGUCACUCGUGCUCGACCAUCUAUUCUUUGGUGGGGAUGGUGGAAGGAGCUUAGUUGGGGAUCUCGUCGUGGCCGAUGUCGAUCCGAGGAAUGAGGCUUCAUUGAAGGUCCUGGGCAAGUUGGGAUUUGUGGUGUACGAUACCAAGGAGAAGACUUUUGAGAUUGGCGGCGAGUGGGUGGAUAGCACAUAUUUGCGAUUGGGUAGAAAAACGUGGCAGGAGCGUCGGAAGCACUGCUGA